GUACGCGAUAAAGGCUCAGAGCUCGUUGAGAUUUCCUCCAAUGGCCUCUCUGUCUCAAGGUCUCAGUGCCUUAUCUUCUUCGUCGAUUGAAAAUGCUAGAUUUGACCAGAUUUUGUGUCAAUGACGACGAAGGGUCGUGCAGCCGUUCAAACUGUACAGCUCGUAUAUGAAGAAGAAGGUUGAUUUCUCACACUUAUCUUCUUCCCCUUCGCCGGAGUCGGCAAUCAUAACGGUGGCAGCGGGGAUCGGGUAUGCCUUGCUGGCAUUAGGACCUUCCCUCGCUCUCUUCGUCACUGUCAUCUCCAAAAAGCCAUUUCUGAUCCUCACCGUCCUCUCAAGUACUCUGCUAUGGCUGGUAAGCCUAAUCGUGCUGUCUGGAUUCUGGCGCCCAUUUCUCCCUCUCAACUCCGCCGCUUCCUGGCCGUUCGCCGUGCUUAUUAUCACCUCCGUCGCGUUUCAAGAAGGCCUCCGGCUGCUUUUCUGGAAAGUUUACAAGCGAUUGGAAGAUAUGUUGGAUGCGUUUGCAGACAGGGUAUUGAAGCCACGGUUGUACCCUACUGAUAAGAUGCUAAUUGCUCUGGCUGGCGGUUUAGGUCAUGGUGCAGCUCAUGCUGUCUUCUUCUGUCUGAGUGUUUUAACUCCAGCAUUUGGUCCAGCGACAUUCUUCACUGAUCAAUGUCCGAAGCUACCAUUUUUCCUUGUUUCGUCAAUUAUUGCUCUCGCGUUUGCUACAAUUCACACGUUCUCGAUGGUGAUUGCCUUUAAUGGCUAUUCAGAUGGGAAUAAGGUGGACCAGCUUUUUGUCCCUGUGGUUCAUCUUGUCGCGGGAAUGGUGGUAAGAACAUGUUGCGGAGUUACUACUGCAAUUUCUGGAAAACAGUUCUUCCUGUGCCUCCUCGUAACUAUAGUGCAUGUUCGUAUACAAUUAUAUCAGAAUUACUUUUGCUUAUCGUCAUGACUCUCAAUCAUGAAGAUCUGAGCUAAAACCGCGAUCUUCUAAGUCUGAAUCGAGGUUAUAUCAGUCAAGAAGUGCAUGUCCAAGAUUUGCAGUUGAUGUUCUAGAAGCCAAAGUAAGAGACUCUACAAAUAACAUCUGUAACUCAAACAGAUGUUCUAGAUACUCAAUAUAAUUCAGUUCAGCAAAAGGCUGUCCAUUAGAGCAAAUUCCAGAAACAAUCCACAAAGCUUGGACUUGAAGAAGGUUAAUGGGAAGAAGGUGAAUGGGAGCCCCAGAGUGGAGGGAGGAGCUCCGUCUGAUAAUUACAAAGUGGAUCACAGUCCCCUAAUUGCUUGAUGGGAAGAUUCGUGGAGGACAGGCUGGUUUACAGGCAGAGUUUCAUUAUCAGUUACUAUGAAAUUGGACCUGACACAACUGCUACCAUGGAGACAUUGAUAAAUCUCCUCCAGCAACGGUGAGGGAUUCAUUUCGUGAUCGGUGAGAAGGCUACUGAUAAGGCAGUUGUGAUAAGGAAAACCAUGACGUUCGAAGGGUAAAGCCAGGAAGGAUUUACCUUCUGUUCAAUAUGCUUCCUGGAAGACCAACACGUCUGGGAAAUCUUUCUAAAUUUGAAGGCACGAUCAGCAACAACUCUUAAGCAGGUAUAGAUCUGUGUACACAGAGCUUUUGAGCUUUGUCCUGAGCAUUUGUAAGGGCUAUCUGUUACUAGAAAUCCAUGAGAAGCUUAGCUUACGAACAAUGUGAAGCAACAUGCGACCCUUUGCUUUUUGUUGUAAUUAAGUGGUUCGAAUGGGCUGUGUGUGCAUGGUUGCCAGUUAAUGAAGGAAAGUUGGAGCUAAGAGGAGUUGCAAGUGGGAGUUUUCGUCGCUAAUGUACUGUUUUGUUGUAGUGUCAUAUCACAUAUGAUGUUGUAAAAAAUGUCACUAUUUGUUUCAACCACGACACGUUUGACAUGUCACAGUAAAUGUCACUAUUGGUAUCAGCUAUGACACUUUGGAAUGUUCUGAAAAAUGUCACUAUUUGUAUUUACUAUGUCACAUUGAAAUG